AUGCUUCGCCGCGUGGGAAUACCGCUGCCUGAAAGAAGAAUGAACGAGUAUUCUUUUCAGCUCAGCGGCGGUUUGCGCCAGAGGGCGAUGAUCGCCAUGGCCUUAUCGUGCGGACCGCGCAUACUAAUAGCCGACGAACCGACGACCGCGCUUGAUGUAACGACGCAGGCGCAGAUCCUCGACCUGAUGAUCAGUCUUCAGCAGGAAGAGGACAUGGCUAUCAUGCUCAUUACUCACGAUCUAGGGGUAAUAGCGGAGAUGGCCGACUACGUGGUCGUGAUGUAUCUCGGGCGAGUGGUGGAGAGCGCGCCCGUUGACGACAUAUUCCACGAUCCGCAACAUCCGUACACCCAGGCGCUGUUGCAGUCCAUUCCCCGCAUACAGUCCGAAAGUUCCCGGGGCCGCCUGGCCUCUAUUGAGGGAUCGGUGCCGCAUCCUUAUGCCAGACCGGGUGGAUGUCCGUUCAACCCACGCUGCCCUGCCGCCAUGCCCGGAGAUAUGACUGUGGAAACGCCAACUGCACAAAACGGUGAGCGACUGAUUGAGAUCAACAAUCUCCGCAAAUACUUUCCGAUAAAACAGGGACUGCUGAGACGCGAGGUUAGCAACAUUCGCGCAGUUGACGACGUGAGUUUCUACAUUGACGAAGGCGAAACUCUCGGACUCGUGGGCGAAAGCGGUUGUGGCAAAACAACCACCGCGAGGUGCAUCCUCAGAGCGGUUGACGCAACGAGCGGUGAGAUACUGUUCCGGUCGGAAAGCGGAGGAAUAGUGGACGUUGCCACCGCGCCGCGAACGCAAUUGAGAAGUCUGCGUAAAGAGAUGCAGAUGAUCUUCCAGGAUCCGUUCUCCUCGCUGAACCCGCGCAUGACCCUGAUGGACAUUGUGGGUGAACCGCUUGUUAUCAGCGGCGUGCCAAAGUCGGAGCGCGAGGACAGGGUUGCGGAGCUUCUAAGAAUGGUCGGACUCCGGCCUGAGUUCAUGCGUCGGUUCCCUCACGCCUUCAGCGGGGGCCAACGGCAGCGCAUAGGCAUAGCGAGAGCGAUCGCGCUCAACCCUCGCCUUAUAGUUGCGGACGAGCCCGUCUCCGCCCUCGACGUGUCGGUGCAGGCUCAGGUUCUCAAUCUUAUGAUGGACCUUCAGAGAGAACUGGCGUUGACGUACCUGUUCAUCGCCCAUGACCUGAGCGUGGUGAAGCAUAUCAGUGAUCGGAUCGCGGUAAUGUAUGUCGGCAAACUGGUGGAGAUGGCGCCGACCAACGAGUUGUUCAACUCGCCCAAGCAUCCCUACACGGCUGCGUUGCUGUCCUCGGUGCCUGAACCCGAUCCGCGCGUGCGGCGAAACCGAGCCGUACUGCAAGGAGAGGUAGCGAACCCUGCCAAUCCUCCGACCGGAUGCUACUUCAAUCCUCGCUGUGAAUAUGCGAUCGAUAUAUGCCGGAGCGAGACCCCGCAGCUGCGCGAGAUAGCCCCGAACCAAUAUGCGAGCUGCCAUCGCGCCGAAGAGCUGAAUUUGGCAGGCGCGCUGGCGAACUCCGGUAGCUAA